UUCAUUAAACUCUGUCAGAAUUCGGAAAGUCUGAAGCAGCCAAACUCUUUCAUGCUUCUUCUUCCUUUUUUUGAAUUGAAAAAAAAAACAAUGGAAAAGUGUGAAGUGAUUGUUGAAGUUGUUGUCGGUUGAGGUUGUCUUGGUUUUAACACAUAAGGUAGGAGAGGCGUCGGUAUCUUGCACAUUCUCCGGCGGUAUGUCUCCGGAAAUAUCGAAGCACAUCCGCCGUGCAGCUCUCGUUUUUACGGUUCUCACUCUUUCCGCUCUCCUUCUUUACACUGCCACUGAUUCCAACCGUUUGUCGUCCGGUUCCUUUUCUUCCUCCUCCUUCGCUACCAUUUUCCCUUCCUACCUCAAUUACUCCUCUUCCUCGAAUCCAACGCAGGAGCUUGAAGAAAUUUUGAAAAAUGCUUCCAUGGUGAAUAAUACUGUUAUUUUAACGACUUUAAAUGAUGCCUGGGCAAGAACUGGUUCGAUUGUUGACCUUUUCCUCAAGAGCUUUAUGCUCGGAGAUGGAACCCGUAAGCUUUUGGACCAUUUGGUGAUUGUUUCCUUGGAUGAAAGGGCAUAUAAUCGUUGUCGAAUUGUACAUAAGCACUGCUAUGCUCUUGUCACCAAAGGAGUUGGUUUUCAUCAAGAAGCAUACUUUAUGACCCCACAAUACUUGAAGAUGAUGUGGAGAAGGAUUGACUUUCUCCGAACCGUCCUUGAAUUGGGUUAUAGUUUCGUAUUCACGGAUGCUGAUAUCAUGUGGUUUAGGGAUCCAUUUCCACGCUUCUUUCCAGAUGCUGAUUUCCAGAUAUCAUGUGACAAUUAUUUAGGGAGACCUGAGGAUAUGAAUAACAGUCCCAACGGGGGAUUUAAUUAUGUGAAAUCUAACAGUCGUUCCAUAGCAUUCUAUAAGUUCUGGUAUUCAUCGCGGGAAACAUAUCCAGGAUAUCACGACCAGGAUGUUCUGAAUAAGAUAAAGUCAGACCAAAUGAUCACAAAGAUAGGGUUGAAGAUAAGAUUUUUGGAUACAGCUUAUUUCGGUGGGCUUUGUGAACCAAGCAGGGACUUGAAUGUAGUAUGUACAAUGCAUGUAAAUUGCUGUAUUGGUAUGGAUAGAAAGCUUCAUGACCUCAACCUUAUGCUUCAAGACUGGAGAGCUUUCAUGUCAUUGCCUCCGGAUCUGAAGAACCAAUCUAUCAUCUCCUGGAGAGUCCCUCGCAAUUGCAGUCUCGAUCCUUUAUGGCAUUCCGAUUCCUGCACCUCCAAAGAUGGAUGUUAAAGAAGAGGGAGAAGAUUGAUUGGAAUUGCACAUAAUGUUUAAAUUAUAGACUGUCUGAAGAUAAUGAAGGGACAAGCUAUCUGCUUCCUUUGAUGAUACUGAACUUACAUUGCCUAUCGGCUCUUUUCGUUUCAAGCAAGAUAUUAUAUCUGGUUGUUAAAAAGAAGCUUGAUUAUCAUGUUCUCUUUGGGAUUCGGAUAUUUUAUAAAUUUUCAAAACAUUAAAUCAUAA